AACAAAGUAGAGUGAAUAACUUAAAGUAGACCAAAAGAAAAUUGUAAGGAAAAUCCCAACUCUUCUACAACCUUCUAUUCCUUUCGCGCACAUAGAGAAUUCAAAGCCCUUCUUAACCACCACCCCCCCCCCCCCCCUCUCUUGCGGCAAAAGAAAAAAAACACUUCCAAUACAAGAAAAAACCGAACUAAAUUUCAAAAUCUCCCAUUUUAUCCUCAAAAAUGGCCUCAAGAAGGCUAACAAGGUCCGCUUUUUUGGCCAUUAAAGCAUCAAAAGCCUCAACUCGUUACCUGUUCCGCGCUCGCGCCAUCUCCGCCGCUGCUUGUACUUUGCGUAAUUCCCUCAUUUCGCCUCAUCGGUCUCAAAAUUUCAACGAAGUGGCGGAGAACAACGGCGGCUUCUUCUCUCUCACUCGCAGCUAUCACUCUUCUCCUCCACUUUACUCUUCUGCCACUAGCCCUGCGCAGAUCAACCAAUCAGAUUACACUGAUAUGGCCUGGGAGGGCCUUGUUGGGGCUGUUCAAGCGGCAAAGGAUAGCAAACAGCAAAUGGUGGAAUCUGAACACUUAAUGAAAGCUCUUUUAGAACAAAAGGAUGGGUUGGCUAGAAGGAUUUUCACAAAAGCAGGGCUUGACAACACUUCUGUUCUGCAGGCUACCGAUGACUUUAUAUCGAAGCAGCCUAAAGUGAUGGACACAAGUAACUCUAUAAUGGGAUCAAAUCUUAGCUCCCUUUUAGACAAUUCUCGAAAGCAUAAGAAAGAGAUGGGAGAUAAUUUUGUUUCGGUGGAACAUUUUGUCCUAGCAUUUACCUCAGAUAAGAGGUUUGGGCAGCAGUUGUUCGAGAACCUCCAGCUUAGUGAGCAUGCUUUGAAGGAUGCCAUUAAAGCUGUUCGUGGAAAUCAGCGUGUAACUGAUCAAAAUCCUGAAGGAAAAUACGAGGCACUUGAAAAGUAUGGGAAUGACUUGACUGAGCUUGCUAAGCGUGGCAAACUAGAUCCUGUUAUUGGUCGUGAUGAUGAAAUAAGGCGGUGCAUCCAGAUACUAUCAAGACGAACAAAAAAUAACCCUGUUAUAAUUGGGGAGCCUGGUGUGGGGAAAACAGCAAUUGCUGAAGGAUUGGCUCAAAGGAUUGUACGGGGAGAUGUUCCUGAACCGCUGUUAAACCGAAAGUUGAUCUCCCUAGACAUGGGUUCCUUGUUGGCUGGUGCCAAGUUUCGUGGAGAUUUUGAGGAAAGGUUGAAAGCUGUGCUGAAGGAAGUUACUGCUUCAAAUGGCCAGAUUAUUUUAUUCAUUGAUGAGAUACACACGGUUGUUGGUGCAGGGGCUACUGGUGGCGCAAUGGAUGCUGGGAAUUUGUUAAAGCCAAUGCUGGGGAGAGGUGAGCUGCGAUGCAUAGGAGCUACUACAUUGGAUGAGUACAGGAAAUACAUUGAGAAGGAUCCUGCACUUGAGCGCAGAUUUCAACAAGUGUUUUGUGGUCAGCCAUCUGUUGAAGAUACAGUAUCAAUUCUUCGAGGCUUGCGUGAACGCUAUGAGCUACAUCACGGUGUUAAAAUAUCUGACAGUGCUCUUGUUUCAGCGGCAGUUCUUGCUGACCGCUAUAUAACAGAACGUUUUCUGCCUGACAAAGCCAUUGAUCUUGUUGAUGAAGCUGCUGCAAAACUUAAGAUGGAGAUCACUUCUAAGCCCACAGAGUUGGAUGAGAUAGAUAGAGCUGUUCUGAAGUUGGAGAUGGAGAAGCUAUCCCUUAAAAAUGACACUGAUAAAGCAUCCAAAGAAAGGUUAAGCAAGCUGGAAAAUGAUUUGAACUCACUGAAACAGAAACAGAAAGAAUUAACUGAACAGUGGGAUCAUGAGAAGGCUCUUAUGACUAGAAUCCGAUCAGUGAAAGAAGAGAUUGAUAGAGUUAAUCAAGAAAUGGAAGCUGCUGAACGUGAGUAUGAUCUAAGUCGUGCUGCCGAGCUUAAAUAUGGAACUUUAAUGUCUCUUCAACGCCAGUUAGAAGAGGCUGAAAAGAAUCUUGCUGAGUUUCAAAAGUCUGGGAAGUCUUUGCUCCGUGAAGAGGUUACUGAUCUUGAUAUUGCUGAAAUUGUUAGCAAAUGGACCGGCAUACCUUUAUCAAACCUUCAACAGUCAGAAAGGGACAAGCUAGUCUUGCUGGAAAAGGAACUUCAUAAGAGAGUGAUUGGUCAAGAUAUUGCAGUAAAAUCGGUAGCCGAUGCAAUCAGACGCUCGAGGGCAGGAUUAUCUGACCCAAAUCGUCCAAUAGCUAGUUUCAUGUUCAUGGGCCCCACUGGUGUUGGGAAAACUGAGCUUGCAAAGGCUCUAGCUGGUUUCCUUUUCAAUACAGAAAAUGCUCUGGUCAGAAUUGAUAUGAGUGAGUACAUGGAAAAGCAUGCAGUUUCACGCUUGGUUGGGGCACCACCGGGCUAUGUUGGUUAUGAAGAGGGCGGACAACUCACUGAAGUUGUUCGUAGGCGGCCCUAUUCUGUAGUUCUUUUUGAUGAAAUUGAGAAAGCUCAUCAUGACGUAUUCAAUAUUUUGCUACAGCUAUUGGAUGAUGGAAGGAUAACUGACUCUCAGGGAAGGACUGUUAGUUUUACAAAUUGUGUAGUAAUAAUGACUUCAAAUAUCGGCUCUCACUACAUUUUGGAAACUCUCCAGUCUACAUAUGACAGCAAGGAUGCUGUUUACAAUGUGAUGAAAAAACAGGUGGUUGAGUUGGCAAGACAGACUUUCCGCCCGGAGUUCAUGAACCGGAUUGAUGAGUAUAUUGUUUUCCAGCCUCUUGACUCCAAAGAAAUCAGUAAAAUAGUUGAGUUACAGAUGGUGCGGUUAAAAGAUAGACUGCGACAGAAGAAAAUCUAUCUGCGCUACACAAAGGAAGCUGUUGAACUUCUGGGGACACUGGGAUUUGACCCUAACUUUGGAGCAAGGCCAGUUAAGAGGGUGAUACAACAAUUAGUGGAGAACGAAGUUGCAAUGGGAGUGAUGAGAGGAGAUUUCAAGGAGGAAGACUCGAUCAUUGUUGAUGUGGAGUCCUUGCCGUCGGUGAAGGACCUUCCCCCCCAAGAUAAGUUAUGCAUUAAGAAAUUGGAGAGCAGUUCUCCAUUAGAUGUUAUGGUUGCAAAUGAUUAGCGCUGCCUUUAGGAGAUGUUUAUCAUUCGUACAUAUACAAGCAGUUCUAGGUUAAAUAAUGUUAUACUUGAUUUGAGUUCCUUUCCACAUUUCAAAGUCAAAACAAAGAUAUUGUGAUGAAUCAGGGGUACUCGAACGCUUUUUCAUAGCAUUCCACUUUAUUUAUAUAUAAAAAAACCUUAUAGUUUCUCAUAUAUAUAUAUAUAUAUAUUCAUGUAUAUUUCAUUUUUAAAAUUUUGGAUCAUUUUGAAGUCUUUUCGGGUUCAAAAUAGUUUUGGGUUAUUAUGAUUUCUGAUUUUAAUUUGGAUGACUGAUUUGGGUUCUAGUGAUUUUAGGUUUGAAUUAUUUCAUAUUCGAGUUAGUUUUGUGUUUAGGUCAUUUUAAAGCAAGUCGAUUUGGGUUUGGGGUUUGUCAAUUUUAUAUAGCCAAAUCAAGUUGAGUUGGUUUGAGUUUGAGUCGGUAUGAGUUUUAUCAAGCCAAAUUUGGUUGAAUUUGAGUUAAAUUAAUAGAAUCAGGUUUUAGGUCUAAGAUCAGAAUUACUCGUCUAAUUCACGACAUUUGAGUCUCGACACCCCGAAAAAAAAAUGCAGCAGUGACAUUUGCCGAUGCUAAAACUGGGCGGAUUGAAGCGAAAGAAGACAGCAUGUAAAGCAAGGCAGGCAAGUACUUUUUAUUUGUUUAUUUACUUUUCCAUUCUUUGCAAUGUAUGUGUUCCUUCCCAUCCUACCGUAUAAUUAUUGAAUUUUAUCGAGGAAAUGUCUGUUUCCCAUCACCUUUCCAACCUAAGAACUUACACAAUCAAUCAAGGCAUGGAAAGAUAAUAGACAGUUUGAGUUAUCCCUAGUAGUGCAGUGGGGCCUGAGCUCUUCCUUAAAUUGGAGUAAGCUUUUUUGAUGAGGGGAGCUGGAGGGCACUGAUGAGACUGCCGUGACGUCCCUCCUUGUCUUUGGUAUCCAAUUCCAACAUCAGUUGUCCUUUGCACGUUCCCUCGUUCAAGGCAUUUUUGUACGCUACCUUAAUCCUACUUGAGCCGAACUUUACUAUUCAUAUUUGAAUUUUUAUUUCUAAUCUAUAUGGAUUUGACAGA